UCUUUUUUUUUUUUUUGGUUUUUUUUUUUUUUGUCUCGUCCACCAAUGGCAUACAACACAAGCCCAGGCGCAGGAUACAUGCAGCAGCAGGCCGGAUCUCCCCACGGCGAUGGCCAGGAUAAGGGCAAUGCACGUGCGAAGGGCAUCACCUCAUGCACAAUCCGUCAAAUAUUGCAAAUGGCACCGUCUCAAGGCAACAACUGGCGCAUGGACGGCGCUGAAUUCGCUGUGGUCAAAAUCGUGGGCGUCAUUCGCAGUGUGCAGGAAGUCACCUCGCACCGAACCUAUCUCAUCGAGGAUGGUACCUCUCAAAUCACGGCCAAGGCAUUUGGACCCGUGAACAACGCAGACCUCCGCGAGGGCGUCUACGCUCGCAUCACUGGUCCCGUGCGCGAAUUCCAAAACGUUCGCUCCAUCCACCCUGCCACCCUCCACCCCAUCACCAACUUUGACGAAAUCACCCACCACAGCUUGGAAGCAAUCCUCACGCACCUGCAGCGGACCAAGGGCUCGUUGCAAGACCGAGCUGGCGGCGCUGGACAGCCUGCGAGCUCGCUCCUCCGCUCCCACGCACAGACCGGCGAUCUCUCCUCGCUCGCGACGCAGCUCGUGACCUUGAUUGGCAGCUCUCCCGAUAUCUCGUUUGAUGAUAUUCGCGACCAGUUCCCGAAUGCCACCCCGGAUCAACUUCGAAAUGUCCUGACGGACCUGACGAAUGAAGGACACGUAUACACGACCCACGAUGACGAUCAUUUCAAGUUGACCUCGGGUUAAAGCGAGGGGUGACUCUUUGUCGCGCUGCUUCGAAUUGCCUUGACGAAAUGAUCCAAUGCUCAUGCGUAUCAUCUGCCUGCAUGGGUGUGUUAUUGGCUGGCUGGUGUCUCUCUGUGCGGGUGCUGCUUUUGUGUGUUUUGUGUGUUUGUUCUGUGAACUUGUUUUCUCUGGAAUGAGUUUCUCGUGCGUGUAGCUGCUCUCUUUGGACGUUUGACUGUUUGAAAUACAAGAAUGUUGGAAUGCUUUGUCAUUUUCUUG